UGUGGAUGUCAACCGCAGAACGCCACCGACAAGGAUGUGGGGUCGAUCAGCUUCAUCGCCAGUUCAAGAUUAAAACCUUCAGCGUCUAUAGUAAACAAAUCCAACGACCACCCCAAUCCCCCGAAAGGAAUUCAAAAUACCCACGUCCUUAGAUGGUACAUGCAAAACGAUCAUGAGCAAUCAAUGCGAACUUCCCGAUGCGCCGUCGGACGCCAUAUCUGCGGUCAGAUUCUCUCCCUCGUCCACCAAGCUGCUCGUUUCGUCAUGGGACAAACACGUCUAUCUUUAUGAUGUGUCGAAGGAAGCUGGAGACAGUCCUCGACUGAUACAGAAGUUCGAGCAUCGUGCGCCUGUCCUCGAUGUCUGCUGGGGGAAGGAUGAUUCGGAAGCAUAUAGCGGAGGGCUGGACUGGGAUGUCCGAAGAAUCGACCUGAAGUCAAGCGAACAGACCGUACUCUCUUCCCAUUCCUCCGCCGCCAAGUCCCUAGCCUUCUCCGCUUCCCAUAACAUCCUCGUCUCCGCAUCAUGGGACUGCACCCUCCACAUCCACCACAUCGGCACCACCACCACCCCCGCCACGAUCCCCCUCCCACACAAGCCCUUCUCUCUCUCCCUUUCCCCCACCCGCCUCGUCGUCGCCAUGGCCUCCCGCCAGCUCCACAUCUACGACCUCCCCGCCCUCUCCGCCCUCUCUGCGCAAGCCUCCCAAGCCCCGCCCAACACCCUCGAGCUCGAGCCGUGGCAGCGCCGCGAAAGCAGCCUGAAGUUCAUGACGCGGGCCGUCGCGUGCAUGCCGAACGAUGAGGGGUAUGCGUCGAGCAGCAUCGAGGGGCGUGUGGCGGUGGAGUGGUUCGACCCGUCAGUGGAGUCGCAGGCGCGGAAGUACGCCUUCAAGUGCCAUCGGCAGACGGUGGAUGGCGUGGAUGUGGUGUAUCCAGUGAAUGCGCUGUCGUAUCAUCCGGUGUAUGGCACGUUUGCGAGCGGGGGUGGGGAUGGGGUCGUGGCAUUGUGGGAUGGGGUGGCGAAGCGGAGGAUUAAGCAAUAUCAGAAGUACUCGGCGAGUGUGGUGGCGUUGGCGUGGAAUGGGGAUGGGACGCGGUUGGCAGUGGGGGUCAGUCCAGGAUUUGAGGAUGGCAAGGAGGUGGAGGAGGGUGUCAUCAAGAUCUACAUCAGGGAGGUCGCGGAAGGCGAGGCGAAGGGGAAGGGAGGGAAAUAAUACUGGGGUUGCGUUCACACACAGCAUGGAUGGACAGAGGCGUUUCGUGAAUGCAUUCAAUGAUACCAGAUGACCAAGGAUAUUUCUCUCCUAUACAAGCUGGCGCGUUCCAUCGGCAGGGCAAGGACAUUCGAUUUGCUUCAACUUCGAAACUUCUUCGUGUUUGGCUCGCGUGAACUCGGGCCUCCAGUCUUCUAGUCUCCCGGCAAUCAGCAUUCUCUAAAGCCAAAUCUUGCUCUCUCUGUCGUGAUCCGUAUGAGGAUACAUCGUUCAGAGGUCAUCCGCUGAGGCAUACUGUUUUUCAGUCGGGCCGCCUUCCCCCAGGCGCCUUGUCUCUUGCUGGCACGGCUUAGGGGCUCAUAGCCAUAGAAUCGUAACUCGGAUCAAGUAGCGGAUGCCAAUCACCCUCCAUCGCCCAGGUCUUCGUCAUCCUCUUCAUCAUCGUCAUCAUCAUCAACAUUCAAC